CUUCCUUAAAGAGAGACAAUCGAUCAAAGAGUUUUAUCAUACAUUUCGAAAUAUCUAUAUAAGACCUUCAAAGACUAGAAGAGAAAGAUUCCUAGUAAACCGCCUCAAAAAUACCAAUCAUGUCCGAAUGGGAUCCACCACUGGACCUAUCGACCAUAUCUCAAACAACCGACCCAUUCGAAGCAGAAACCCAACCCGAAGUAAAACUACCAACUCCAUCUGAUUUAUUAUUCAAACCAAUCGAUCCUAAUCAUCAAAGACCCAAAGUUUACUUUGAGAUCAGUAUCAAUUCAAACGUACUUGGAAAAGUGGUGUUUGAAUUGUUUGAUGAUAUUGUUCCUAAGACGGCUCAAAACUUUAAAUCUCUAUGUACAGGUGAAGUUGGAGAAAGUAAACUUUCGGGUAAAGCUUUGUCUUAUAAGGGUAGUAAGUUUCAUAGGGUUAUUAAAUCUUUUAUGUGCCAGGGUGGUGAUUUCACAGCUGGAAAUGGAACAGGUGGAGAAUCAAUCUAUGGAGAAAAAUUCGAAGAUGAAAACUUUAUUCUUAAACACGAGAAACCUUUUUUACUUUCGAUGGCAAAUGCCGGACCAGGAACAAACGGAUCUCAAUUCUUUAUUACCACUGUACAUACACCUCAUUUAGAUGGCAAACAUGUAGUCUUUGGAAGAGUUAUUGCUGGUCGAUCGAUUGUUAGAAUGAUUGAAGAUGCUCCUACUAAAGCUGAUGUACCGGUCGAAUCGAUUGUUAUUGAAGAUUGUGGAAUUGUCGAUCCUAAUGAUGAUUCGUUUCAGAAAUCUAAAGCUGAUGAAUGGGGUGAUGAAUGGGAAGAUAGACCAAGUGAUGAUGAUGAGAAAGUCGAAUAUAUUGAGACGUGUAUGAAGAUUGCUACUAAACUAAAAGAGAUUGCAACGAAAGCUUUCAAGGAUGGAGAAUUUGAAAUUGCCAGUAAGAAAUACGCCAAGGCUAUUCUUUACCUUGAUACACAUCCUGUUUUACCAGCAGAUUGUACACCACAAGAAGUAGAAUCAUAUACCAACUUGAGAGUUUCUUUACUCUUGAAUGCGUCUUUAGCUUUUAUCAAAGCUUCACAAAAAACUAAAUCAAAAGAAUCCGCUAGAUUAGCUAUUAAAUAUUCCACUAGAGUUAUAAAUACUCAUCAUCCUACAGAUGCUCCAAUGGAUACCACCAAACGAUCGAUGUUAGGAACUUACAAAGAACUUUCCAAUUCUGAAAGAGCAAAAGCGUUUUAUAGAAGAGCAGUUGCAUCCAAUUUAGUUAAUGAAGAAGAAUCAGCUGUAAAAGAUUUAAUGGAAGCUUUAAAACUUGAACCGAAUGAUUUGGUCAUUAAAAAAGAAUUAGAUCAAACUAAAUUAAUGAUUGAAAAUAGAAAGAAAAAAGAAAGAGCUGCGUUUGGUAAAAUGUUUGGAUAGGAAUUUCGGCAAAGGUUUUUCCAAAAAGUUGGUCUAUAGGGUUUUUUUCCUUAAGUCUUGGAAUGAAUUGAUUAUUCUUUAUGUUCUUGGAAUGAAUUGAUUAUUCUUUAUGUUCUUGGAAUUGAAAAUAUCAUUUGAGUGGG